AUGUCUUCUCUACGCAGAACUGCUACUCAUAUCCAUACAUCAACUACGGAAAUAUCUCAUGCCAUUGAUCGUAGCAUUAAGGAUGAGUUUUUCCCAGCUCCAAAAACUUCAAAUGAAGAAGAUUAUUAUUUUCAGACCAACCCAAAACCUCCAUAUUUGGAUGAAUUGAUUGCAGAGGCCCAAGAAUUCGUUUCAUAUCAACAUUCAGUGAACCGUUCAAAGAUCGUUUUGGUCACUUCUGGUGGCACUACCGUCCCUUUAGAAAACAACACAGUCAGAUUCAUCGAUAACUUUUCUGCAGGUACAAGAGGUGCUGCAAGCGCUGAAGAAUUUUUAAAGCAUGGGUACAGUGUCAUUUUCUUACAUAGGGAAUUCUCAUUGACUCCAUUUAAUAGGAUUUUCACGCACAAUAGCGAUUUCACUUUCCUUGAUUACCUUGAUGAAGAAGGUAAGGUUAGAGAGGAAUUUAAAGAUGUAUUGUUAAAGAAUAAACUUUUGUAUGAAAAAUAUUUAAACAAAGAACGUAAGUUACUCUUAUUGCCUUUCACCACAGUGAACCAAUAUCUAUGGUCGUUGAGAGGAGUUGGUCAAUUAUUAAAUUAUAGUGGUUGUUUAUUCUAUCUAGCUGCUGCAGUAAGUGAUUUCUUCGUACCAUACUCAAAAUUGCCGCAACAUAAGAUUCAAAGUAGAGAUUAUAAAAUGAUUACUGAUGAAAAUGUAAAAGCAGAUGGUGAGACAACUACGAGGACAACGGCAGAUGGCAAAUUAAUCGUUAAUUUAGAUCCUGUACCAAAAUUUUUGAGUAGAUUAGUCAGUCACUGGGCCACCAAGGCAAUGAUUGUUUCUUUCAAAUUGGAAACGGAUAGAAAUAUCUUGAUAGAUAAAGCUAAAUAUGCCUUAGAAAGAUACAGUCACCAAUUGGUAAUUGGUAAUUUGUUGCAAAGUAGAAGUAAAAAAGUUGUUUUCGUGACUCCUCAAUGUCCAGAUGGUUAUUGGAUUGAAUUGCCUGAACGGAAUCUCAACAAAACUCACAUUGAAGAGAUAAUAAUACCAGAAAUAAUUAAAUUGCAUGAAGAAUGGAAAUCUGAUAAUGUCGAAUAA